UUAUAAAAACAGCCAUUUCCCCCUUCACCCUUCUAGUACUAAAAAACAUCCUUAAUAUCAGUGAAUAUAAUACAAGCAAAGCCAUGAGUCUUACUAUGAAGGCUUCUUCUCUUCUUUUUCUGUUACUAUUUGUCUCCCUAUCUACAGGCACGGUCUACUGCUCCGGGAUUCGUGUAAAAACCGUUCUCAUGAAUCACAAGGGAGAAAUGCAAGUAAAUUCAAGAAAGCUCUUGGCACUUGAUGCAGUGUUAGAUUAUGAUUAUGCAGGGCCAAAUCCUAAGCAUGAUCCAAGAGGGAAAAAGGGCGGUGGUGGAAAAAAUCCGUGACUCCUUCGUCCGGCCUUCUAGUCCGCUGCUGGAAUACAUAAAGAUUUUGUUCACAAAAUGACCACAUCAGUUAAUAGUUUUUCUAGCUAUGCAAUAACAGUCUGUCUCUCUAAAUCUCUCUUGAUGUCAUGAUACUGAAAAUGCCGUAGUAUUUCAGAUGCUCUUAUGUAAAUUUUCUGUGGCCGGUCUCAUUUUGAUGUAACUCAGGAAUGAAUAAAAUUUGUUCUUAUUUUAAA